CUUUCUCUCUCUCUUACUAGUGCCGAAAUCGCCGGGCGAAAUGGAUUCCAGUCUCUCUGCGACAUAAGACAAUUAAAUUCCCGCUCAUUCUCGUCCAAGCCGAUUCGAUCCGUGAGAAGCAGAAUCAAGGAAAAGUCGCAGCUCAAGGAAGUACUUAAGCCCAAUAUUCGGAAAAGAAAACCGAUUCCUUUUGAAAAUUGGAGUCCUUGGGAAAUGCGAUUAAUCGAUUGCCUGGAUCGAAAGCUUGCAUGGCUCCUCGGUCAACUAAACCCAGGUCGAAGGCCCUUCCAUUUUUCGAUACUUGCCAAUCACUGGCUGAAUAGGGAAACGUGGGUUGUACUUGACCCUAUAUCACGAGUUCCCAUAGAUGCAAGAAGACAGCUGGGGGAUCCGAGAUUCAACGUGCCAUACCCAAUACCGUGUUGGGACCCGAAGCCCAAGUACCCUAAGAUAUCAUACAAAAAGGCACAUACGCCUAGAAUAGAUUCUUGGAGAGUUGCAGUGAACCGUCAUAGAAGGGCAUCAGGUAUCAGAGAUAUCAUCAAAACCGUGGGACUGUAUGAGGGCUCAGCCGAGGAACCCCCCGAUGGUAAAGUCGAUACAGCAAGCUGGAUGCUUCGAAAACCGCCUCAAGGGUAUGAGAUGUCAACCAAGCAGAAAAAUGCAUACUAUGAAGGAGGCGCAGGCUGGCAAGAAAAACUCAGCGAUUGGCAGAAGAUCCGCCGUGGCUACCGGAUUCGCAAGGCAAUACAUGAAGGCAGAGUCAAUCGAACCAGAGCAAAGGAGAUUGCAGUCGGUAUUAUGCGAUAUUGCCGAUCAAGGCCAUCUA